CAGCGGGUCAGCUAGACCCAGCUCCCGGGGACUCUCUCCAAGCCGAAGCCUCACCGGCCGCCACCUCCGCCGCCGCCGCCGCCUCCCGGCCAGCGCACUGUGCUCUCUAGGACUCCGCGCCGUCGCUGCCACUCGCCACUCGGAGCCGCUGCGCCCGUGAGCACACAGGCUCCCUGCUGGCCACAAGCAGCUCCAUCAUGGGGCUCACCUGGGGACUCUGUGUCCUGUUCCUGGUGCAUGUGUGUGGCUCCAGCCGCAUUCCAGAGUCUGGGGGAGACAGCAGCGUGUUUGACAUCUUCGAACUCACCGGGGCUGCCCGCAAGGGCUCUGGGCGCCGACUGGUGAAGGGUCCGGACCCCUCCAGCCCCGCCUUCCGCAUCGAGGACGCCAACCUGAUCCCCCCUGUGCCUGACGACAAGUUCCAAGACCUAGUGGACGCCGUGCGUGCGGAGAAAGGUUUCCUCCUCCUGGCCUCCCUGAGGCAGAUGAAGAAGACCCGAGGCACCCUGCUGGCGGUGGAGCGGAAGGACCACUCUGGCCAGGUCUUCAGCGUGGUCUCCAAUGGCAAAGCGGGCACCCUGGACCUGAGCCUGACCGUGCAGGGGAAGCAGCAUGUGGUGUCGGUGGAAGAAGCACUCCUGGCCACCGGCCAGUGGAAGAGCAUCACCCUGUUUGUGCAGGAGGACAGGGCCCAGCUGUACAUUGACUGCGAGAAGAUGGAGAAUGCUGAGCUAGACGCCCCCAUCCACAGCAUCUUCACCAGGGACCUGGCCAGCAUCGCCAGACUCCGCAUAGCAAAAGGGGGCGCCAACGACAAUUUCCAGGGGGUGCUGCAGAACGUGAGGUUCGUCUUUGGAACCACACCAGAAGACAUCCUCAGGAACAAGGGCUGCUCCAGCUCUACAAAUGCCAUCCUCACCCUUGACAACAACGUGGUGAAUGGGUCCAGCCCCGCCAUCCGCACCAACUACGUUGGCCAUAAGACAAAGGACCUGCAAGCCAUCUGCGGCAUCUCUUGUGAUGAGCUGUCCAGCAUGGUCCUGGAGCUGAGGGGCCUGCGCACCAUCGUGACCACGCUUCAGGACAGCAUCCGCAAAGUGACCGAAGAGAACAAAGAGCUGGCCACUGAGCUGAGGAGGCCGCCCCUCUGCUACCACAACGGAGUCCAGUACAGGAAUAACGAGGAAUGGACCGUUGAUAGCUGCACCGAGUGCCGCUGUCAGAACUCAGUUACCAUCUGCAAAAAAGUGUCCUGCCCCAUAAUGCCCUGCUCCAAUGCCACGGUUCCUGAUGGAGAAUGCUGCCCACGGUGUUGGCCCAGCGACUCUGCGGACGAUGGCUGGUCCCCGUGGUCCGAGUGGACCUCCUGCUCCGCGACCUGUGGCAACGGGAUCCAGCAGCGCGGUCGCUCCUGCGAUAGCCUCAACAGCCGGUGCGAGGGCUCCUCCGUGCAGACGCGGACCUGCCACAUCCAGGAGUGCGAUAAGAGAUUUAAGCAGGAUGGCGGCUGGAGUCACUGGUCCCCGUGGUCAUCUUGCUCUGUGACGUGCGGCGAUGGCGUGAUCACCAGGAUCCGGCUCUGCAACUCUCCCAGCCCCCAGAUGAACGGGAGGCCUUGCGAAGGCGAAGCCCGGGAGACCAAAGCCUGCACGCGGGACGCCUGCCCUGUCAACGGAGGCUGGGGUCCCUGGUCACCGUGGGACAUCUGCUCCGUCACCUGUGGAGGAGGGGUGCAGACACGGAGCCGGCUCUGCAACAACCCCACCCCCCAGUUUGGAGGCAAGGACUGCGUUGGCGAUGUGCUGGAGAACCAGAUCUGCAACAAGCAGGACUGUCCCAUUGAUGGAUGCCUGUCCAACCCCUGCUUCGCUGGGACCAAGUGUACCAGCUACCCUGACGGCAGCUGGAAGUGCGGUGCUUGUCCCCCGGGCUACGGCGGAGAUGGCAUCCACUGCGAAGACAUUGAUGAGUGCGCCCUGGUGCCUGACGCCUGCUUCAGUCACAACGGAGAGCACAGGUGCGAGAACACAGACCCCGGUUACAACUGCCUGCCCUGCCCGCCGCGCUUCUCCGGCCCGCAGCCCUUCGGCCGGGGCGUGGAGCAGGCCACCGCCAACAAGCAGGUGUGCAAACCCCGCAACCCUUGCACGGAUGGGACCCACGACUGCAACAGUAACGCCAAGUGCAACUACCUGGGCCAUUACAGCGACCCCAUGUUCCGCUGCGAGUGCAAGCCCGGCUACGCGGGCAACGGCAUCAUCUGCGGGGAGGACUCCGACCUGGACGGCUGGCCCAACGAGGACCUGGUGUGCGUGGCCAACGCAACCUACCACUGCAAGAAGGAUAAUUGCCCCAACCUUCCCAACUCAGGGCAGGAAGACUAUGACAAGGACGGAAUCGGCGAUGCCUGCGAUAAUGACGAUGACAAUGAUAACAUUCCAGAUGACAGGGACAACUGUCCGUUCCAUUACAACCCAGCCCAGUAUGACUACGACCGAGAUGAGGUGGGAGACCGCUGUGACAACUGCCCCUACAACCACAACCCCGAUCAGGCCGACACAGACAACAACGGGGAAGGAGACGCCUGCGCCGUCGACAUCGACGGGGAUGGAAUCCUCAAUGAACGAGACAACUGCCAGUAUGUCUACAAUGUGGACCAGAAGGACACCGACAUGGAUGGGGUUGGAGAUCAGUGUGACAACUGCCCUCUGGAACAUAAUCCAGAUCAGCUUGACUCUGACUCGGACCUCAUUGGAGACACCUGUGACAACAAUCAGGAUAUUGAUGAAGAUGGCCACCAGAACAACCUGGACAACUGUCCCUAUGUAGCCAACGCCAACCAGGCCGACCAUGACAAAGACGGCAAGGGAGACGCCUGUGACCAUGACGAUGACAAUGACGGCAUUCCUGACGACAGGGACAACUGCAGGCUCGUGCCCAAUCCCGACCAGAAGGACUCCGAUGGUGAUGGUCGAGGUGAUGCUUGCAAAGAUGAUUUUGACCAUGACAGUGUGCCAGACAUCGAUGACAUCUGUCCUGAAAACUUUGAUAUCAGUGAGACUGAUUUCCGCCGAUUCCAGAUGAUUCCUCUGGAUCCCAAAGGGACAUCCCAGAACGACCCUAACUGGGUGGUACGCCAUCAGGGGAAAGAGCUCGUCCAGACGGUCAACUGUGAUCCUGGACUUGCCAUAGGUUAUGAUGAGUUCAAUGCUGUGGACUUCAGCGGCACCUUCUUCAUCAACACCGAUAGGGACGAUGACUAUGCCGGAUUUGUGUUUGGCUACCAGUCCAGCAGCCGCUUCUAUGUUGUGAUGUGGAAGCAGAUCACCCAGUCCUACUGGGACCCCCACCCCACAAGGGCUCAGGGAUACUCGGGCCUUUCUGUGAAAGUCGUGAACUCCACCACCGGGCCUGGCGAGCACCUGCGGAAUGCGCUGUGGCACACGGGGAACACCCCUGGCCAGGUGCGCACCCUGUGGCACGACCCUCGUCACAUUGGCUGGAAAGAUUUCACCGCCUACAGAUGGCGUCUCAGCCACAGGCCCAAGACUGGUUUCAUUCGGGUGGUGAUGUAUGAAGGGAAGAAAAUCAUGGCUGACUCGGGACCCAUCUAUGACAAAACCUACGCUGGUGGCCGGCUAGGGCUGUUUGUCUUCUCCCAAGAGAUGGUGUUCUUCUCCGACAUGAAAUACGAAUGCAGAGAUUCCUAAUCAUCAAACUGUUGAUCAAAAGACUGAUCAUAACCAGCGCUGGUAUUGCACCUUCUGGAACUAUGGGCUUAAGGAAACCCCCAGGAUCACUCCCCCUGCUGCCUCUUUCUCUGCUUGCAUCCGUGUGGACUCCUAAAACAUGUGACUUGACUCAAGAAAAAUGCAAUUUUCCCAAUCAGACUCUUGGCAUUCAGCCUCUGAACGAGAAGAGAAUCUUCCGAGAAUAUAAACAGUGACUUCGGUCUGCUUUUGGGAAAAGCAGAAGCACCCACCUGCCUCCGUGGGAAGGGGCCAGCUCCACCCAGCCUUGGUCAGAGCAGGCUGCUGUGGCGAGGCCUUCUCUGAGCAACGGACAGAAGCCCUGUCAGGCACGUCAGAGGAGGGAGGACUCGCUGGCAUUGGCAGACAACCACUCCCGACCUACUCCCUCGGGAAUAGGGGGAGCAGGGCCAAAGCCGGGGGGUGGGGGUACAUGCCCAAGAGAUGAUUGUAUGAGGAAAAUAUGGAGGAACUGUUACACGUUUGGUACUGAACCAUUUUCAGGGGAUUGAAAGCCUAUUGCUGGAUUUCAUGACGCUGACCGGUGUUAGCUGAUUGGCACUUACAUAGAAGCAGGGGAGGGAGGGGAGGACUGACUUCUGAACUUCCUCUCGGAUCCCCACCCCUUACACGUCACAUUGCGGUGACCAGAAUAGGGAGGCAGAAUUAAACCAGAGUGCAAGGCAGUGCUGGCUGCCACUGCCUAGUUACACUGGAAUUGUCGGUUUUAUUCCAGAUAUAGCUUGUGCAGAUGUAGCAGGAAAAUAAAACCUACCAUCUCAGUGAGCACCAGGCUGCCUCCCAAGGGAGGGGCAGCCAUGCUUGUAUUUUUAUGGUUAGAAAGGCACAAAAUUAUCAACUUAACUAAGACAUUCCUUUUCUCUCUUCUUUCCUGAAUAUCAUGGAGUUUGCUAAUUCUUUUGGACUGUAGUUUUGGGUUUUUUUACACUUUACAAUGUAAAAUAUUUAUUUUUCACCUACUCUGGAGAAUUUGUCUGCAAGACUUCAUGGAACAGGAAGAAGCAUAAGGACUAUCCAUAUCACCUUUGUUGAGUCUUCAUGACUGUAAGAUUGUAAAUACAGAUUAUUUAUUAACUCUGUUCUACCUGGAACCUAGGUUUUGUAUGGAAAGUGAGAGUAGGUAUUGCGCUUUAUCAGCCAAUCUCUGGCAAGGAGGGCACAAGGAAAAUCAGCGUAGCGAGCUGCUCUUUACUUUGUGCUUAAAUGAUUUGGGAUUCCUUGUCUUUUCCAGUGGAAUUAGCUGGCUGUCCAUUUGCAAGUGUGUUUAGAUGGCAAAGAAAGCCAUGAGGCCUUUAAUACUGUUUUACCCCAUCCCUUGUGCCUAUUUCCAGGGAGAAGAAAAGCAUCUACGCUUAUUAUUUUUUCAUUUUUCCAAAAGAAAAAAAAAUGACAAAGGUGAAACUUACAUACAAAUAUUACCUCAUUUGUUGUGUGACUGAGUAAAGAACUUUUGGCUCAAGCAGAAAGAGUUUAAGUGUCUAACAAACUUAAAGCUACUGUAGUACCGAAAAAGUCAAUGUUGUACAUAGUAUAAAAAUUCUUUGCAGAAAAGUAUUCCCAGUAAGGAAAUAGCAUUGAAAUGUUAAAUACAUUUUCUGAAAGUUAUGUUUUUUCUAUCAUCUUGUAUACUGUUGCUUUAUUUUUAUAAAUUAUUUUCUCAUUGCCAUUGGAAUAGAUAUCUCAGAUUGUGUAGAUACGCUAUUUAAAUAAUUUAUCAGGAAAUACUGCCUGUAGAGUUAGUAUUUCUAUUUUUAUAAAAUGUUUGCACACUGAAUUGAAGAAUUGUUGGGUUUUGUUUUGUUUUUGAUUUGUUUUUUGCUUGCCCCACCCCGUUUUUACUAUUUGCCAAUACCUUUUUCUAGGAAUGUGCUUUUUUUUUUUUUUGUACAUUUUAUCCAUUUUACAUUCUAAAGCAGUGUAAGUUGUAUAUUACUGUUUCUUAUGUACAAGGAACAACAAUAAAUCAUAUGGAAAUUUAUAUUUAUA